AUGGCCGACGCAUUAUACGAAUUAAGAAAUUAUUAUUACAUUGGGGCUUAUCAGCAAUGUGCAAAGGAAGCUCAGGUAAGUUUCUGAUUUGUAUAUGAUUAAUUUUUUAGAAGACUAAUGUCAAAACGGACAGAGAGCGAUUGGAGAAGGACGUGUUUCUCUUCCGGGCUUACAUUGCUCUUGGAAAGAGCUCAGUCGUUUUGUCAGAAAUCUCAGCCGAUGUUAAGGAAGAUGUAAUGAAGGCAGUUCGCUUGUUAGGCCUAUACAAGUCUCAGACCAGCAAGUGAGUUAUCUGGUUUCACGGCAACGUCUUUUUAGGGAAAGAGUUGUUGUUCAGGUGGAAGAAUUGGCAAACAAUACCGUCGAUGAUCUGGCUUUGGUUAUCCUGGGAUCAAUCUUGCUCAGCGAUAAUGUGAGUUGUUUCAUUCGUUGCGAAAACAAGUAUUUACAAUUAGAAACAUGAGGAGGCUUACAAAGUCUUGAAGAGGGCAGACCUGUUGGAAGCUCGUGCGCUUACUAUCCAGACAUUACUGGCCAUUAACCGCUUCGAUCUCGCCUUGUAAGUAUUUUUCAAUUUAAAGGUAGCCUUUUAGGAAAAACUUGAAGCAAAUGCAAGAAGUAGACGAGGAUGCGACUCUCACUCAGCUGGCACUUGCCUGGCUUUACAUUUCUAACGUGAGUAUAGUCAAAAUCACUUGUGUAAUUUUAUUUUAGGGUAAAGAAAAGCUACAGGACGCUUUUUACAUCUAUCAGGAGAUGAUUGACAAAUUUGGUGCCACUGCUGACCUGCUAGUGUCUCAGUCAGCAGUUAAAAUCUUGAAGAAUGAAAUCCCUGAAGCUGAGAAUCUGCUUCAGCUUGCUGAAGAAAAGGAUUCUGGAUCGGCUGCUGUUCUGAUCAAUCAGUUCUUAGUUAGCAGUGUUCUGCAUAAAAAUGAUGAUGUAGGUUUUGUUUGUCGUGUUUCUCAUUAUUUAUGAUUGCUUUCUUCAGUCUACACCAUACAUUUUCAGGUUUUGAGUCGCAUUCUAACGCAAUUAAAGGCUGAGCAUUCAGAUCUGGCAUGGGUGAAGAGUUAUCUGGAAAAGGAACAACUGUUCGAUGAACUGGAUUAA